AUGCGAUGCUUGGAGAAAGUUUGGCAAACCUAUGCCUUGCUCAAUCAAUAUACAAGGACAUUGUCAAGAAAUGUCCCUAAUGAUGUUUUGUGGACAAGGAUAAUGCUAAGAACGGUACUUGAGAAAGUAAAACGAUAUCCGCGGCUGCCAGAUUUCGCGUCGAUAAAGAAAUUUGAUGACGAGCUCCUUUUCGAUUUUGCAAGGUGCGCGGAGUCCAAAAUCAAAAUCAUGGAGGCAUGGAGAUCUACCAUCAUGCCGCAUUUGGCCUGGAAUGAUCAAGACCCGCCAUCAACGGAUCCUCUGAUGGCUUCGCUACGAGCAGAGUACUAUGAGGGCGUAGCUACGUUGCUGAGACCGUACCUGGAGAUCCUGAAAUAUCUAAAUCGUAUCGACGUCUCAGUGAACGAGACAUCCAAAGGCCAGCGAGGUAUCCUUCAUACCCUCCAUAAUUGGAAGAGAUAUGCUCUUUCCAAUAUCGUCGCCUUUGACCGUAUCCGUUCGGUUGAUGGCACUGCGUAUAAGGCUUUUCGAAGUACAAGUAAUGGUCCAGUAAUCAUGGGAAAUCCUGUGAAUACACUUCACUCAGAGUUCAAAACAGUUUUUCUCAUUCAAGCCAUUGAUUCGACUGCACUUGGAACAUAUAUCAGGAGUCUCAUGUUGCUUUCGCAGGAGGAUAUGGAUUACCUUUACUACCGUACAGUCGACAGAUUGUCAAAAUUUCGACCACGUAUUGGACUUUUAAUCCAGGAUAUCCAGCUUUUGUGCAUGCCUUGGCAACACAUGGACCCAUUCCUUCGGUUAGAUCUAGCCGCCACAUUGGCAGUAUAG